GCACAGCCUCUUGCCAUUGAUCUGAGGCCGCCAAUCAACAGCUUCAUUCCAUCCAUAUCUUUUGAAACAGAGUUAGUAAACAGUGCUUUGACCCUUUGCCAGAUGGUUGUAUGGCUUUGAUUCACCAGUGUUUGUCCAGCGGUCUGAACAGAGGGGUCAUUGAAAUGCAUAGAAAACAGCACUUGGAACUCCUCCUACUGAGCUGAUUCCUGGAUUCAAUUCAUUGUUGCAAAGGGGAAAGGAGCCUGCUCAGUUCCCCAAGCCACAGUGCCUGUUGACCAUUAACCAAGACCCCAAACUGAUCUGCUGGGCUUUAGUUCACACACCCAUUCAUCUACUAUAACCAUGAAGGACCCAACAAGGAAGAUGAUUACUGACCCAAGGAGAUAUCCUGUCUUAACCAUCAUGGUACGACUGCUUUUCAUCUUUGUUGGUGCAGAGUCUGGAAAUAUUACAAGAAGCCAAGCAUGCACCGAUUUCCAGUCUGCAAGCUUAUUACGCGGCAGCAGUCUCAAAGUUCAGUUUCUCCUGUUCUCCUCUUCCAACCCCAGCUGUGGACAGCUGCUCUCCACACGUGAGGACCUGCACAACUCCAGUUUCAAUGCCACCUUGGGAACCAAAAUAAUCAUCCAUGGUUUCAGGGUCCUAGGUACAAAGCCCUCCUGGAUAGAUGGGCUGAUUAAGGCCUUGCUGCAGGCUGCCCAAGCCAACGUGAUUGCUGUCGACUGGGUCCAUGGGAGCACAGCUGCCUAUUAUUCCGCAGUGGAAAAUGUUACGAAGUUGGCACUAGAAAUAGCCGGUUUUAUUCGCAAGUUGCUGGACUUGGGAGUGCCUGAGAAAUCCAUCCACCUUAUUGGGGUGAGCCUUGGAGCCCAUGCUGGGGGUUUGGUAGGCCAUUUCUUUGAAGGCAGACUGGGAAGGAUUACUGGUCUGGAUCCUGCAGGGCCCAAGUAUACCAAGGUCAGCCGUGAAGAGCGCCUAGAUCCUGGAGAUGCUGUCUUUGUGGAAGCCAUUCACACAGAUGCAGACAAUUUUGGUAUCCGGAUACCUGUUGGCCACAUUGAUUACUAUGUCAAUGGUGGCAGAGAUCAGCCUGGAUGUCCCCGUUUUAUAUCAUCUGGCUAUAACUACCUGAUCUGCGACCAUAUGAGAUCGGUACAUUUCUACAUUAGUGCCUUGACUGACCCUUGCCCCAUGAUGGCUUUCCCUUGCUCGAGUUACAAGGAUUUCUUAACUGGCCACUGCUUGGAGUGUUUUAACCCUUUCCCCCUCUCCUGUCCAACAAUAGGACUGCUAGACAAUGGAGGAAUCCACAUGGGGAAACUACCAACAGAGGUAAAGGUUUACUUGGCCACAGCUACAUCAGCACCAUACUGUGUGUACCAUAGCCUGGUAGAAUUUCGCAUGCAGACAAGGAGGACUUCGGACACCAACAUUGAGGUAGCCUUUCUCAGCAGCAACUCCUCAUUCAGCACCAGCAUUAUCAUACCCAAGCAGCAGACCUUAGGCAAAGGCCUCCUGACACACUCUGCCCCGCUGUGCCAGGUGAAAAGCAUGAUGCUGCAGUACCGUCACAAGACCUGGAGAAGGAAUAAAGAUGAGACUCCUGUUUUUGGCCAGUUCUGUACUGCUCCCCUGCCUGUUGACACCAGUAAGGAGAUGUUCUGUCUACCUCAGCUGCUGACUCUGACACGAAACAACCCACUUCUACAUGGCCUCAUCAUUGCCUGUGAUUAGCACAAUCGAGCAAAGAGAUAACAACAAGAGGUCCUAAGGGUGAAGGCAUAUAUUCUAAAAUAAAGAAUGUGAUAGAAGCCCAGUUGUUGGGGAACUAAGCGGAUGCAGAUACAGAAAUCCUCUCAGUUCACAUGUUCUCUCAGGGUUUAGGAAUGGAAUUCUUUGAAGCAAACGUGAUCUGCAUUUGUUUACAGCACAUUCUCGUCUGUAGGUUAGACAUAAUUAAUGUUGUAUUCUUUACAUGUUGCUUUGCUUGAUGUUUCGUAAUGCUGUUAUCCUGAAGCUCCCUGUGAGAGGAAGAUUUUAUUAUACCCUCCCUCUUCUACAUCACCUCAAUAUACUAGCUGACAGCAUACUGGGAGUCAGCAGACUAUGAGAGACUGGGAACAUUUCCAUUCCCAAGUCAGUCCAGGAAGAGUUUGCCCAUUUCUAGUAAAGAGUGUUACCUGUAGGGGUCGUAUUGUUUCCAAUAACAGCUGCUAAAACUCAACCACUUGUAAAACAAAUGCAGUCAUCGCUAAGGAGUGUCUGAUAUCAUGAUUUUGACUCAGGUAUUCACUGAUGUUAAUAGUCUCCUUUGAUAUUCUGUUUGUAGGUUCUGCCGCAGCUGUUAUGCUUUCCUAACAUGUCAAACCAAGUAGCACAUAAACUAUGUAUUAUGACAUCAGAUUGUUCAAAGUGGUAAGAAGGAAAAAUGAUUGCAUGCUUU